AUGAUAAACGUUGUGAACGUAAACACGUCCGCCUUUAUUUCCAGACGGAACACCAGCUCCCUGUUGAUCGUUUUGCUCAUCUUUUUAUAUUCGAGCGUCGUUCCUAGAUUGCAAAGACAGUUAGUCGAAAGUGAAUCAAAUGAAGUUAAUCCCUUUAAAAAUAUAUCACGAGGUAAUAAAAAUGAAGAAGAAAUUCCAGUAAAACCAGUUAAAAAACUAUCCGUUGAAAACACAGGGAAAGACAUAAACACAGAUUUAAAGAAAAAAACAACACUAAAUAAAUCACACACACCCCAAACCGCUCGAUUAAAUAAGAAAGAUGCAUUUAUCGGAAGUUACCAUCAUUUUAAAGAUACGAAAAAAGUUUACUAUAAAAUGAUGGAAUAUUUAAAAAAAUGGUUUUAUAAACGUACCUUACAUUAUAAAAUACCACACGAUAUGAUGUAUAAUCUUUGGCAAGGAUAUAAAAUGGGGCUAAUGGAUGAUCUAAAUGAAAUGGAAGAAUAUUGUGUCGAAAGCAUUUACGAAUUUGCAGAAAAUGGAACGGUUGAAGGUAUCUCCAGGACCGAAUAUGAUGAGUUCGUUAAUAACCUUAGAAAAAUAUGCAAACGUUUCAGCAGAAUAUCGGAAAGGAAAUGGAAAACCUUGAUGAAUGAAAAAUUAAAAAUUCUUAAAAAAGCAGUAAGUGCUUAUAGAAAGCAAAAGGAUAACAACCAGUAUUAUGAUGUGGUAGAGCAAUUCUACUUACACGAACUUAUGUCACAAUCGCAGGAUGAAAAGACAGAGGGAGGAGGAGAAGAAGUAGAGGAUGAAGAUUCCUUGAUAAAGAAAAAGGAAGCGGUGUUGAAACAAAUGGAAGAAUUAGAGGAACUAUUCGAUGAGGAAGGGGAACUAAUUGAUGAGGAAGGGGAGCUAAUCGAUGAGGAAGGGGAGCUAAUCGAUGAGGAAGGGGAGCUAAUUGAUGAGGAAGGGGAGCUAAUCGAAGAUGUGGGGGAGCAACUCAGAGCGGAGUGGGAGCAAAUAGAAACGGAGGAUCAAAUGGAAACGGAGGAGCAUAUAGAAACGGAGGAGCCCAAAAAAGCGGAACGGAAGAAAAACGAAAAGGAAGCUAAAUCAGGUGGAAAGGAGAAGAAGUCAAGCGUAAAGGAGAAAAAGCCAAACGUGAAGGAAUCGAAACCAAGCGUAAAGGAAUCGAAACCAAACGUAAAGGAAUCGAAGCCAAACGUAAAGGAAUCGAAGUCUAAUGUAAAGGAAAAGAAGUCAAGCAUAAAGGAAACGAAGCAGGAUGGAAAGCAAAUAGAAGGCAAACCAAACCCAAAAGAAAGCAAAGCUAAGCAAGCCAAACUAACCAAAACUAAGCCAACCAAAGAAAAAUUAAGCGCUUAA